UGAACUCUUACGAAACAAACUAGUGCAGCGGCUGGAAAGUAGGUACAGAGAGAUAGGGAUUCACGGGCGACACGCAUCCACAAGACUUCCCCGCACAUCGAAACGUAGGGAAGAAAUGCUCCUUUCUUUGGGCUUGACAUAAAUAUCACCUCCGGGGAACCAGUACGAGAAUAAGAUGGCCCCUAAUUCCAUCCACUGGUUCCGCAAGGGCCUCCGUCUCCAUGACAACCCGGCACUACAAGAGGCGGUCAAAGGGGCGGGCACGGUGCGCUGCGUUUACUUCCUGGACCCGUGGUUCGCAGGAUCCUCCAACGUCGGAGUCAACAGGUGGAGGUUUCUCCUCCAGUGUUUGGAAGACCUGGACGCCAGCCUACGGAAGCUUAACUCCCGCCUUUUUGUCAUCAGAGGCCAACCGGCCAACGUGUUCCCGCGGCUAUUUAAGGAGUGGAAGAUCUCGCGGCUGACCUUUGAGUACGACUCCGAGCCUUUCGGGAAGGAGAGAGACGCCGCCAUCAAGAAGCUGGCCAUGGAGGCCGGGGUAGAGGUCAACGUCAAGAUAUCGCACACCCUCUACGACCUGGACAAGAUCAUUGAGCUGAAUGGCGGGCAGCCUCCUCUCACCUACAAACGUUUCCAGACCCUCAUUAGUCGCCUCGAUCCUCCUGAGAUGCCCGUGGAGACGCUGUCGGAAUCCCUGAUGGGGCGCUGCGUCACUCCCGUCUCCGAUGACCACGGGGACAAGUACGGGGUCCCGUCCCUGGAGGAGCUGGGCUUUGACAUCGAGGGUCUGCCUACAGCUGUGUGGCCAGGAGGAGAAACCGAGGCUCUGACGAGGAUAGAGCGCCAUCUGGAGAGAAAGGCUUGGGUGGCCAAUUUCGAACGCCCCAGGAUGAACGCCAACUCGCUGCUGGCCAGCCCGACAGGCCUCAGCCCCUACCUGCGCUUCGGCUGCCUCUCCUGUCGCCUCUUCUACUUCAAGCUCACCGAUCUGUACCGAAAGGUGAAAAAGAACAGCUCCCCUCCGCUCUCUCUCUACGGCCAGCUGCUGUGGCGGGAGUUCUUCUACACGGCGGCGACCAACAACCCGCGCUUCGACAAGAUGGAGGGCAACCCCAUCUGCGUCCGCAUCCCCUGGGACAAGAACCCCGAGGCGCUCGCCAAGUGGGCCGAAGCCAAGACGGGCUUCCCCUGGAUAGACGCCAUCAUGACCCAGCUGAGGCAGGAGGGCUGGAUCCACCACCUGGCCCGGCAUGCCGUGGCCUGCUUCCUCACCAGGGGGGACCUGUGGAUCAGCUGGGAGGAAGGGAUGAAGGUCUUCGAGGAGCUGCUUCUAGACGCUGACUGGAGUGUGAACGCCGGCAGCUGGAUGUGGCUGUCCUGCAGUUCAUUUUUCCAGCAGUUUUUCCACUGCUACUGCCCUGUGGGCUUCGGCCGGCGCACCGACCCCAAUGGGGACUUCAUUAGACGAUAUUUACCUAUCCUCCGAGGUUUCCCCGCUAAGUACAUCUACGACCCGUGGAACGCCCCGGAGUCAGUGCAGGCGGCCGCCAAGUGCAUCAUCGGCGUCCACUACCCGAAGCCCAUGGUGCAUCACGCGGAGGCGAGCCGGCUCAACAUCGAGAGGAUGAAGCAGAUCUACCAGCAACUUAGCCGAUACAGAGGACUGGGCCUGCUGGCCUCUGUGCCUUCCACCAAUGGGAACGGGAACGGAGGAAUGAUGGCCUACUCUCCAGGAGAGCAGCAGCCAGGGACCAACAACAACAACAGCUCACAUUUGCCUGGAGGGUCGUCGGGGAACUCCGUUGCUACAGCUAACGGCAGCGGGAGCAUCCUACUCAACUUUGAUCAUGAAGAACAUACCGGACCCAGCAGCGCUGCACAACAGCAACGACUACAAGCACUCCCACAACAACAACAACAACAACAACAACAACAACAACAACAACAACAACAACAACAACAACAACACCAACAGCAGCAGCAUCAACAGCAUGGAUACCACUCAGUGCCAGACGCCAGCCAGACCGUCACCAACAGCCGACUCUACCACGAGUUUGCUGUGCCUCAACACCCGGGCCUCCUCUUGCACACCAGAAGCGGCAUCACAGGAAAGAGGGAGCGCGAGUCGGAACGCGAAGGCUCGGGGGAGAAAGACCACAUGACGUCGUGCUCCGUGCACAAGAUGCGGCGGCAGAGUGCAGAGACUACUUAAGAGUGGGCGUCUGCGAGACCACCUUCAAUCCACGUUGGAGUCACCACCCGGCCAGCCGCCAACGAGCGAAAAAGAGAGAGAGAGGAAAUCCCACCAUCGCCCCACCUGUCCUCCAAUCACACGCCACAGCUCCCUCAAGGGACCGCCUCCUCUUCAAACGCUGAACAUUUUAAAACUCUGAACUCUGUUUUUCAUUGCAGAAACUCCCCGGGGUGAAAACGCAAAGGUGAAAAUGUGUUUUUGUCAACACUAUUUUGUAGAGGGGGGGUUAACCAACGACCUCUGACCUCUGACCUCUGACCUCUUACAGUCGAACAAAAAAAACGCCUCAAACUUGCAGCUCGGCACAUGUUUUGUAAAAUAUGAAUAAAUAUUUUAAAAAAGAACGUUGUUGUCUUAAACUGCCACCAGCAGCAGCCGGUAUCUGCUGUGAUGUCUGACGCAGCUGCAGAUGUGAGUCGUCUUAGAUUUAGUCGCUCCAUCGUGUAAAAACAGGCGGAUGUUGGCGAGGGUUUCCAAUACGGUACAUCCAUGAUUUUCUACAUUAGCCGGACACUUCUUUACACAAAAGUGACAACUGAUGGGUUUUCUGGGAUCGUCUAUCACUGCCUGAAUGGAGCGUUUUCACAUCACUCUGUGUGUUUGUAACCCGCCAAACCAACCACAGAAACCUCUCCAUGCACUUCUUUAGUUGAAGCGCACAGUUUUACUGUUUGAGUAUUUUAAAUCACGUUUACAGGCCGUUGUUUUUGUCGCUGGCUGUCCGAACACUGCCUUUUCGUAAAUGUGGCAUUAUGGGUAAACGAGUCCUUCUGCAGCUGUAAUUGUAGUCCUGUUACUGCGACGUCCACAAGCUGAAUUUUCUUCUUAUAUUCUGUUUUCAGCAUUCGGUUCUGAGCCCUCAGUGAUUUAAACAUCGAACAUGUGAAGCGGGCUCUGAUCUGAACGCUCAGAGAGAAGUGAAGGGUUCAAUUCAUCUUUCAUUUGUUUCUGGACGUUAUAAAUCGUGCACAGAUCGUUCAAAGUCUUGAGUUCUCUUUGGCUUGACUUUGAACCCCCCCCCUCAAAGUCAAACACAUUUUCACCUUUCCGCCCCCCCCCCAUCUCGUCUAAGGAUUGGGUUUCUGUCGAAAAACAACAACGUUAUGUGGAAUAGCAGAGAGAGGAUUAACGUCUUGUCGGAACAUGGCGGCGAGGCAGGUGGCUGCAACCUCCUCUCAAAAAGGUGUACAAUACUUUUCUUUUUUUUAAGAUUUCUUAUAAAACAAAAAAAACAAAAAACUUGCUGAAGCAAAAAUGGUGGGGGACAAAAAACACACUAGAAGACAGGGGACGCCGUCUUCUCCAAGUGAGCCGAACUACUUUCUGUGAUGGAAACAGAAACCAACAUUCCCCAUGAGAGCAGCGCAGCCUCCCCGACGAAGGAUUUCUGCUCCCGAACAAGGAGUUCAACAAACAUGAACGUCGGGGAGGCUGGGUCGACAUUUUGCACAAACCAGGAAGUGAAUGGCAGAACAUUGAACUGGAUCUCAGUUGUUGCACAAACAUGAGGAAGGGUUGCAAAAUGCUCGCCACAGUUUGCGCGUCAAAAGGAGGAGGAGGAUUGUGCAACAGCGCUGGACAGAUAAAGACGGUGUCUUAUUUUUUAGUUUCAGUCCCCCUCUCUCUCCACUGUCACCUUUUCCUGCUGGUGAGAAGAAUUCAGUCAAUGUUGAAGCGGAGAAUGUAUGAAUCCCUUUGUAAAAUACACCCAUGCCCAUGUUUUUAACACGCACACGCACACGCACACGCACACACAAUACAACGUUUACAGAUAAAACAUGAAACUCAAAACACAUUUAUCCUCACUGGAAUCUGACAAACACACCAGUUCCUUCAUUCUGAUCUGUCCUCCUGUCUCUAUCUUUGUAUUAUAUUGUCGUUUAUUUUUUUUAUUCUUACUAUGUGGAGAAGGAUCCAAAGUAACCGUUUGAAGUUUUACCUUGAGAUGAAAACUUGUUCGCAGCUGGAUAUUUUUUUAGCAGCACACAAAGACAGAGUCACACGACAUCACAUACGAGACACAGACAUGAAAAACAUAACUUUAAAGCUUCUCUCUGAAGUCUGCCCGGUUACACGUUAUAAACACAGAUUUGAAGCAGAUCAGAGGGUAGAGGCUCUGUAUGUUGGGGGGUUAUGAGUGCAAACACACACACACACACACACCCACACACACACACCCACACAAGAUUGUUUUCAUGGGAAACUCCUGAAACACACGCAGCUACAAAUACCUGAAAAACCCUGAUCAAAGCGUGGAGAUGUAGAGACAUGUUUAAACGAAACCCAUAUUACACACACUCACACCCUAUUCCUCACAUACACACACAUCACGUUCCUCACAUACACACACACACAUGCGCUCACACACACACACACACACACACAUGCGCACACACACACACACACACACACACACACACAGACAUGCACACACACUAAGCCUUCUUAAUGGUCAUACAGGAGAGUUUCUUGCAGUCUGCUUAAAGCCUCAAUCUGCAUUUAGAAUCUAUAAAAGCAGUUUAACUGCUCUGUAAAAAAAAAUAAACAAACACUAAUUUCUGCAAACGGUUGAACAAUGAUCGGCUUCUUUUUUUUUUUUUUUUCAAGCUGUACAUUUUGUAUUGACCCGUGUUUUGAGAGCCAUGCUCCAAAGGAGGAGAGGAUUCUGAAAGGGUGCCUCGCUGACCUCAUGUUGAACACUUCUUUCUCACUGUUUGUAGAUUCUGUAAAAAAACAAAUCCACUCAAAUCAAAGAGUACAGGCAGAUCUGUAGCCCGCUUUCUGAUGUGAAAUUUAACACUCACGACACCAAAUCAAAGAUGUAAGACUCCCAGCAUUGACCUAAUCAUCAUUUACACACUUCUUGGGUUUGUUUAUUCUCCUGUAUUGAAUUGAUAUUGACUUUUUUUUGUUAUGCAACGCUUGCAGAUUGGGGCUGUAGGUGUGAAUGACGUUUUUUUCAGUGGAGCCGAGAUGACUCAGUACUUUUGAUCACCUCAUGCUGCCCUCUGCGUCAGGAGAAAUGAUACUUCAAACGGGGGGAGUUGGAGAUGGAAAAAGUAUUGUAUUGUUUCUGUAUUAUAUUUCUGUCAUUGUUAGUUUUUUUCCAUCACAAUGGAGGAGGGGAAAAAACAAGUUGAACCAAGUUUUUUUUUUUCUUUUAUUCCUCGCUUUAUUUUUGUCCGUUUCGCUUCGUUUUUCGCCUCAGGCGACAUGAAGGUGAGAACAGAUGCCAUCUAUCAUCUCUGUUCUGUCAACGCUCUGUCUCUCCUUGUGUUGUGCUUGAUCAAGUUCAUGACAGGAAAAUAAUAAAAAAAUUGUUACAAUUUGA